AUGUCUACGGACUUGCCAGCAACCCUUCGACGCCUCUUUAGUUUCUUAGGCAAGCAAUACACAGACACCCAGAUCCAGGGCUUAUGUGACCAUCUCAGUGUCGAGAAGUUCAAGAAGAAUGAUGCGGUCAACGGGGAGAAGCUGUAUAAUAAUAUACAGUCAAACCUGGAUAAGCGAGAGUUCAAGGGACCACAAUCUUAUUCUCGCUUAUAG